AUGCAUGAGGCGAAGGAGAGGCAAUUUCCGAACUAUCUUGAAGCGGUCACGAGGGGACUUAUACGCGUUGCGUUGGAGCCUCUGCGACCGAACAAGAUUCGACAGAUACCGCUCCCGAAGACAGAAUGGAGUGAACUCACUCGUAACGAAAGGCUGAAAGUGAGGGAAUUUUUCCAGAGCAAUGCUGGAGUUGACGACGAUGCUGCCAUAAAUUAUAGAAUUCGUGAUUUGAAGGACAAACUUCAGGCCCUCCUCGAGUCGGCGGUUCCUCUGCAUCGAGUCCGAGGGAAGAAAUUCCCAAAAAACUGGACAGAAGAAGAGAAAAAAGUAUUAGAGCCUCUCUACCAAAAGUGGGAUGCUGAGCUUGGUGAAAAAAGAGAAAAGCUCGAAAAAUUUUCGAGAGAUCGUGCAUACAGGGAUUGCGUGAUCUAUAUGCAACAGUAUUUGGAGCGACGCAAAACAUGGGUGGAAACAUAUCAAGGCGAUGCCGGUUCAAUGGCUUUGAUCACGGAAGUGAAUUCUGGUCGAACGAGGCUUGGCGAAGCAAUACAGUUGCUGGCUACGAUGAUGGAUCUCUGAGCUGCUCCACAUGCAGACUCUGGGACCACUCAUGUUGUUGUUAACGAGCAGCCAGCUGUUAGAGGAGAAGUCUUUGCUCGGCAGCAACAGGGUUCAAGACGGUUCUCGCAUUUAUCGAACACAGCUGCGGUAGAGAAGUGGCUGACCCUCAAAUGUGAUGCUCUCGUCCAUUUCGGGCGAAAUUGAAUUUGAAGACGCGGCUCAUUUCGUAUCUGUAAUGUUAAGACUUACCUCCAUGGUGAAGAUCAUUAGAUUUAUUAUAAUGAAUGAAGAGGAAUUCUUGAAAUUAUUUCUUCUCUAAGCUCAAGCUACCUGCUUAUAAUGAAAUGAAGUGAAGACGUGAAACGAAUAUCUUGACCUAUCAGUGACUAUGUUCAAUUGUAUCGUGAACACUUAAGUGGUUGAAGAAGCGUGCGUAGAUGUUAUUUUUAGUGGAGUAUCUGAAUGUUUAGACAUCAGAUCAGUGGUCAGAGUCACUGUACUAUGAUUGUCGGGCGGCAUGAUCCCUAUUAAUAUCUAUCAAACAACAACAAGAUACCCCUGUGACAUCUUUAUAAAGCCUUGACUUUUACCAUACUUAUACUCAUUCAGGAAGAUGAAAGAUGAAUUCGUUUGAAGUUAUGGAAGGGCGCGAACGUUACAAACCUCACGUCUUUUACACGGUAUUUGCAUUAACAUGAUAUACCAUAACAAUUACAAGUGGCCACUUGUGAAGGUUGUUUUCAUUGAAAAAGGCAACUAGGAGAACAUGAAGAUGAAACACAAAAUGCGGCGACGGAGAUGAUUGGCUUCGGCCAUGUUCACUACCAGAACUUGUCUCUACGAAAGGGCGGUGGCAUAUAGUCCUAACGC